AAUUCAACUAAAAGAAUACAAACCCAAAAAAUGGAGAAAAUUUCCUAAAGAAAAUUUGAAAAUGACACAAAGCUAACAAAAAAGAAAAAAGAAAAAGAAAAAGAAAAAGAAAAUAGAGAGAGAUUCCUUUGUCCCUCUGGUCUGCUUACAACUGUGCUUUCCACAGAUUUUCAAUCCUUUUCUUUUUCUCCAUCUUCAUCUCUUUUCCUUUUUCUUCUUCUUUCUCCAGUUCUUCAUCUCUCCUUCUCACUGAUGAUCUGAUGGAGGAUGAGGUGGGGGAAGGUGGGUCAGCCAUUUGAGCUGACUAGAGGUCGAAAAUUCUAACGAUGGUUUCUUAAGCGGAUUCUUCGUUUGAUCUUUCUGAUUCCAGUGGAGCUUUUUCAUUACUGUAUCUGUGUUGGUUAUUCGUUUUGGAGUCACAAAUGGAUGACAGUGGACACCGUGAGAAUGGAAGGCACAAACCAGAUCAGUAUAAGUCAGCUCAGGGUCAGUGGAUGAUGCAGCAUCAGCCCUCAAUGAAGCAGAUAAUGGCAAUCAUGGCCGAAAGAGAUGCAGCCAUUCAAGAGAGAAAUUUGGCCCUCUCGGAGAAAAAGGCUGCACUAGCAGAGCGAGACAUGGCAUAUCUACAGCGAGACGCUGCAAUUGCAGAGAGGAACAAUGCCCUUUUGGAACGAGACAAUGCCAUUGCUACUCUUCAGUAUCGUGAAAACUCUAUAAAUAACAAUUUAUCAUGUCCACCAGGAUGCCAAAUUGCUAGGGGAGUGAAGCAUAUACAUCAUCCGCAGCAGCAACACACACAUCAUGUGCCCCACAUGAAUGAGAAUAAUUACAAUUCCAGAGAUAUGCUUGCUUCCAACGACCCUUGCCCAACAUCCCCCGUUGCUUCUGAAUCAACAAAGGCACGACGAAACAAGCGUACAAAAGAGGGAAAGACAGUCACAACACCAAACAAGAAAGUUUCAAAAGGUCCACGGAAGGUCAAAAGGGAGGCUGAAGACUUGAACAAGAUAAUGUUGGGGAAGUCGCAAGAAUGGAAGGAUGGAAUUGGUAUAAUGAGUGGAGGUGACGAUCUUAAUAAACAGUUGGUAGUAUCAAAAUCAGAUUGGAAAGGCCAGGAUUUAGGAUUAAACCAGGUUGCCUUUGACGAAUCAACCAUGCCAGCUCCAAUAUGUUCCUGCACAGGAGUAAUAAGACAAUGCUACAAAUGGGGGAAUGGUGGAUGGCAAUCUGCAUGUUGUACUACCACCCUCUCAAUGUAUCCAUUACCUGCCGUUCCCAACAAACGACAUGCUCGGCUUGGUGGUCGUAAAAUGAGCGGAAGUGCUUUUAACAAACUGCUUAGCCGCCUUGCAGCCGAAGGCCACGAUUUAUCCUCUCCAGUUGAUCUUAAAAAUCACUGGGCAAAGCAUGGAACAAAUCGUUACAUUACCAUCAAGUAGAGUCACUAGCUUAUUAAGGAAGAGUAGCUUACAAAGAGUAGAGAAAAAUGGAAGGAAUUCCCAAACUAGCCAAGGCAAACAACUGCCUCAGAAUUUCCUUUCAGUUCCAGCAAAAGAAUAAAGGAUAGCAUAACAUCCAUAAAGAAAAGGAGUUGGAAGCUGUCUCUUGCCUUCAACUUCAAAGGUUUCUCGGCCUCUCUCACAUUCAUCAAGUUUGUUCGAGAGUAAGGAUAGAGCCAAGUUCUUCAAAAAGCCAUCACAAUUCUUUACUUUCCUCUUUUUUUUGAAGUGCUUCUCUGUAAAGCCAUGGCGAGAUCCUACUUGGUUCAAAUAACUGUAAAGGUAUGUGUUUAUUGGUAUUAUGUUGAGGGUUGUACUUAAAUAUCAGAAUGUGACCCGUCAUCAUUUUGUAGUAUGAAGUCUGUGUUAUCUCACAAGAUGCAUCUGUUUUAUGCAUCUCCAGUGAAACUCAAUCCAUUAGGUACAAUGUUAUAAUCA